AUGUCUUUUUGGAUAACGAUGGGGAUCGACAAUAAGACUCGGACAAAGGGCUGCGCCUGGUUGGCUUUUUAUUUGGCUCUACUGCUGCUGUUCGGAAAACAGGCUUUGGCUCAGAUAAGGUACUCUGUUCCCGAAGAGGUAAAAGAGGGAACUGUUGUUGGAAAUGCUGCGAAGGAUCUUGGCCUUGACAUCACCUCUUUGAUUGCUCGACGGUUCCGUGUUGUGUCUGAAAGUAAAGACGCUAUUUUUGAAGUUAACCAGAAUAAUGGGGAAUUGUACGUCCACAAGCAUAUUGACAGAGAGGAGCUCUGUCAGGGCAGCGGUGCAUGCCUAAUGGAGCUAAAAAUCCUUGUUGAAAAUCCUUUGGAAAUACAUUAUGCCAUUGUGGAAAUUACUGACGUAAAUGACCACUCUCCGAGUUUCCCCGAAAAAGAACAGAUAUUUGAAAUUGCUGAGCAUACACUGCCAGGAAAGCGAUUUCAGCUGCACACUGCUCGUGAUCCUGAUGCUGGAAUUAACUCUAUUCGUACAUACACUUUAACUUCAAAUGAACACUUUGAAGUAAAUAUCCGUCAGACCGAUGCGGGAAAAAUACCAUAUUUGGUGCUGAAGAAAUCGUUAGACAGAGAACAAAAGAACAAACACACGCUGCUGGUUACAGCCUUUGAUGGAGGUAAACCUCCAAAAGCAGGCACACUAAAUAUUUCUAUUAUUGUUCUUGAUAGUAAUGAUAAUCGUCCAAUAUUUAGUCAGGAGAUUUAUCAAACUGAAAUAAAAGAAAACGUUCCGUUCGGUACUUCAGUGUUUAAAAUGAAUGCAACGGAUCCCGAUGAAGGCACCAAUGGCGCAACUGAAUACAGGCUUGGUAAAACUCUAAAGAAAAAAGUCUAUGACAUUUUUGAGUUAGACAGAGUAACUGGAGAAAUUCGAGUCAAAGGCAUAGUGGAUUAUGAAGAAAACGAUUUUUUUGAAGUGGACAUUGAGGCAUCAGAUAAAGGAACACCUCCACUAACAGGUGAGUGCAGAGUCAAUAUAAAGAUAAUAGACGUUAACGAUAAUCCACCGGAAAUACAUGUGACAUCACUGUCAAAUACAGUGUCUGAAGAUUCAAAACCUGGCACAGUUAUUUCACUCAUUAGUGUAAGGGAUAAAGAUUCCGGUGUCAAUGGAAAAAUUAUUUCACAUAUAUCGAGUGAUGUGCCCUUUGAAUUAAAACCUUCCUAUAAGGAGAACAUAUAUUCAGUUGUCACAAAUGGAUUUCUGGAUCGAGAGGAGGUGUCACAUUAUGAAAUAACAAUAAAAGCCACCGACUGUGGUGAACCUCCCUUAUCUUCUGUUAAAACUCUCAGUAUUCAGAUAUCAGAUGUAAAUGAUAACAGUCCACAUUUCGACCAAAAUCCCUUACAGUUUUACCUGUCAGAAAAUAACGUUGCUGGAGCGUCAGUGUUCUCUGUAAGCGCAACGGACAAAGAUUUGAAUGAAAAUGCAGCUAUUUCA